AUGACGUCAAAAGUAGAAACCGAAAGCAUCUCCGCAUAUGGGGCUGCACGUUCUACGAUCACAGGUAGUCCUCUCAACAAUGAGGACCUGCGCAAGACCGACGCCUACUUCCGGGCGAGCUUGUACCUCUGUCUUGGAAUGCUCUACCUGCGGGCCAAUCCUCUCCUAAAGGAACCCCUCACAGUGGAGCAUCUCAAGGCCCGAUUGCUCGGCCACUGGGGGUCGGAUGCCGGCCAAGCUUUUACCUAUAUCCACAUGAACCGGCUCAUCAAGAAGUACGGCUUGGAUGUGUUGUUCAUCUCUGGUCCUGGACACGGUGCACCCGGUGUCUUAUCCCAGUCAUACCUCGAAGGUGUCUACACCGAGGUCUAUCCGGAUAAGACAGAAGACGAAGCAGGAAUGCAACGGUUCUUCAAGCAGUUCUCCUUCCCCGGUGGCAUUGGGAGCCACGCAACUCCCGAAACUCCCGGUAGUCUCCACGAGGGAGGAGAACUCGGCUACUCCAUCUCUCAUGGCUUUGGCGUCGUCUUUGAUCAUCCAAAGCUCAUUGCCUUGACCAUAGUGGGCGACGGUGAGGCUGAAACCGGUCCCUUGGCCACCAGCUGGCACAGCAACAAGUUCUUGAACCCCGUCACGGAUGGUGCAGUGCUCCCAGUCCUGCAUCUCAACGGAUACAAGAUCAACAAUCCGACCGUUCUGGCGCGCAUCAGCCACGAGGAACUCGAGAUGCUGCUCAAGGGCUACGGGUGGACCCCCAACUUUGUCGAGGGCAGUGACCGCGACAGCAUGCACCAGGCCAUGGCGGCCACCUUGGAGCACUGUGUCUUAGAGAUCCGUAAAAUCCAGCAGCAGGCACGCGAAUCUGACAAGCCCUUCCGUCCCCGGUGGCCCAUGAUCGUCCUACGCAGCCCCAAGGGAUGGUCCGCCCCGCGUGAGGUCGACGGGGAGUUACUCGAGGGGUACUGGCGCGCGCAUCAGAUUCCCAUCCCUGAUGUGCGAAAUAACCUGUCCCACCUGAAGGUGCUGGAAAAUUGGAUGCGGUCAUAUAAGCCUAACGAGGUCUUUGACGAGAACGGCAGAUUGAUUUCCGAGCUCAGGGAAUUGGCCCCAAUCGGCAAUUCUCGUAUGAGCGCCAACCCGGUUGCCAACGGCGGUCUCCUCCGUCGUCCGCUCGAUCUACCCAAUUUCAGGGACUACGCGCUCACUGAUAUUGAGCCCGGUGUCAGCAUCCGUCCCAGCAUGAUCAAUAUGUCCCGCUAUCUGCGAGACGUGGUGGCCAAAAAUAUGACCACGUUCCGCGUCUUUGGGCCCGACGAAACCCAGUCGAACAAGCUCGGCGAGAUCUACGAGGCUGGGAAGAAAGUCUGGCUGGCGGAUUACUUCAAGGAGGAUGAGGAUGGUGGCAACCUAGCCAUGCAGGGCCGCGUGAUGGAGAUCCUCAGCGAACAUACUUGUGAGGGCUGGCUGGAAGGCUAUAUUCUGUCCGGUCGCCACGGCAUGCUCAAUAGCUACGAACCAUUCAUCCAUAUCAUCGACUCGAUGGUCAACCAACACUGCAAAUGGAUUGAAAAAUGCCUCGAGGUCGAAUGGCGCGCCAAGGUUGCGUCCCUCAACAUCCUCCUGACUGCUACCGUGUGGCGCCAGGACCACAAUGGUUUCACACACCAGGACCCUGGCUUCCUGGACGUAGUCGCCAACAAGAGCCCUGAAGUGGUGCGAAUCUACCUGCCCCCAGAUGGCAACACCUUGCUGUCAACCAUGGACCACUGUUUUCAAAGCGUCAACUACGUCAACGUCAUCGUGGCCGACAAGCAAGAGCACGUGCAAUUUCUCAACAUGGAGGAGGCGAUUGAACACUGCACCAAGGGACUGGGUAUCUGGAACUGGGCUAGCAAUGAUCAGGGCCAUGAGCCCGACGUCGUGAUGGCCGCAUGCGGCGAUGUGCCCACGCACGAAGCGCUGGCCGCAACGGCACUACUGCGGGAACAUCUGCCCCAGCUCAAGGUGCGCUUCGUCAACGUCGUCGACCUCUUCCGGCUCAUCUCGCGCAAGAACCACCCGCACGGCAUGUCCGACCGCCAAUGGAAGGCCAUCUUCACCACCGAUAAGCCUGUCAUCUUUAACUUCCACUCCUACCCCUGGCUCAUCCACCGUCUCACCUACAACCGGCCAGGCCAGCACAACUUGCACGUCCGGGGCUACCGGGAGAAGGGCAACAUCGACACGCCCUUCGAGCUCGCCGUGCGCAACCAGACGGACCGAUUCAGCUUGGCCAUGGACGCCAUCGAUCGUUGCACGUCGUUGGGCAAUACUGCUUCGGGGGUUCGUGAGAAACUGAUCAACCAGCAGCUGGCGGCCAAGAACAAGGCGUAUGACGAUGGCAUAGACCCAGAUUACAUUCGCAGUUGGACAUGGGAUUAUCCAAGGAAGAAGUAA